AUCCCAUACGACAACUAUAUUGUAAACAUACACAAACCUUCAACGUUUAAUUCGAUAAACUCACCCAAUUUUAAAAUUGACUACGGAGGUCCCGCGGAAUUUGAUCCCAUACAUAGGGUAAAUAAAUUGUGCGGAGCACAAAUUGAGUUUUAAUUUUGAGCGGUUAACUUCUUUAUUUACUUUAGUGUUUAUUAUUUCAAGUACGUAUUGUUUUGAUUUAAUUAUCCUGAUCAAGUUCGUCCAUUGGCUGAGAUAUGAGAUCGCUCCCUCCUCCCAGAGUUACGAGAUCUAGAAGAUGGAAAAGAAUUAGAAGAGCUAUUGCUUCAUUAUUCACUCGGGGUAAGAUUUCUGAUACUGCUGCUUUUAUUCCCAGUUCCAAAAUCAAUAUGAAUCCAUCUAUUUCUACUAUUAAGAAGUCACGAUUCACUUCAAGGUUUCGGAAAAGCAAUUUUACUGAUGGAAUCGGGUUAAGAGAAAGUGCCAAUGCUGGUAUAAAGACAGCUGGAAUGUUUGGUAAAAUGUUAACUAAGGCAUCAUUCCCAUUUUUAAAUCAUACAUCGUCUCAGAUCAACAUGACAGUUAAGUUUUGAAGACUAAUUACCAUCAUUAACUUGAUUACAUCAUAUCCAUUAUAUAUAGUCAAAUGAUAAUAAUUGGCUUUAUUGGUUUAAGAAGCAAUUUGGCUGUAAAAAAAUAGUUGCAGUAAAUUUUGGUCAUGUGAUCGACUUGAGAUGAGAAAAAAAAUUUAAGUCUUUUUGAAAAAUAUGGCAAAUAGGUAA